CAUACAUACAUAUUUAGUCUGUCGUAAAAAUAUAUUAUUUUAAUUAUCGAUUCUAAUUGUCGGAUUUCCGACGGUGGAUACAGAUGCUGGCAUAAGUCAAGUUGAUAUAAGACUUGCAAUGUUUUUGCGGGCGUAGACUGCAUGCACAAACACUUUUAAACCUAACGCUAUUGGACGAUGGAAAACCUGAACGAUGAUGUUCAACUGCGUAUUAUUAACUAUUUGGAGCUUUUAUCACAAUUUCGGUUGUGGGUGGCAUCUAAGGACGUCGCCCCCCGAACAUAUGACAAUGUGAUCUAUGCUUGGCAAGGCAAAACAAGUCAUAAGUUGCAAUAUCGUUUGUUUAAGGAAUUUGAUAAGUUGUGUGGCACACUUGUUGAGGUUGAUUUUAUUCGUGCCAUCAGUCCAACAGUUAAACAUUUAGAAUUAUAUCGCUUUAACAUUAGCAAUUUAACGCGUUGGAGAGGCCAAUGUUUUCCGUGUAUGGAAUCGCUGUAUUACGCAGUGGAUUUUAUAACACACUGGGAACAUAACGAGGCACUGAAGCUUAUAGUCGAACUCUUCCCAAAAUUGAAAUUAUUAAAAUCACCGUCGUACAUAAAUGGCAAAAUCAUUGAAAAAUUGACAGACUUGCAAAUACUGGACUUGAGUGAAAGCUUUUUAUAUUUUAUAGAAUUCGAUUCCAUUAACGGCAUAUUAAAUUUGCCUAAACUUCAGUCGUUUAGUUUUUAUACGGAGCCACAUGAAACUGAAAGCAUUAUGAACGAGAUUUUUGAGCGACGAGGUCAGGACAUACGUAAAUUUCUUGCGAACGCUCUCGACCUCCGGUUUUUAGUUAACAAAGGUCAAUGUCUGAAAAACCUACGGCUAUUGACAUUGUGCAGUGCCUACUACGAGAAGGAUGAAUUUGAAUCUCUGGUUAGUAAUAUGCCAGCACUAGAAGAAUUGAAUUUGGUCGACUGCGCGUACUGGCAACUCGAGAGCGAUCUCUGGCGAACAGUCGCCAACUGUAGAUCGCUUAAGAUAUUGGGGCUAUCAAUCGAAGGGAUUGACGAGGACUUCUUCGACAGCAGCCGUCUGCAAAUGGAGUAUGUUUUGAGUAAUCAUUUACAGCCUUUGAUAUUGAACUUCUAUCAAACUGACGACGAUGUGAGUGUACCCUCGAUACUUCAUGCUCUGGCCUUUAAAUAUUUUAAUCAUUCGAAUUUAACAUAUUGCUUUAAGCAACAUAGAGAUAUUAUUAUUUGUAAUUAUUUAACAAAAAUUGAAUUUUGUUGAGGAAUGUAAAAUCAGUGAGUUUAAUAAA